AGCAUAUCUGUACAGCGAUUUCAAAGUGCCCCAGCCACAAGAAAAGGUUCCCCAAGCCACCCCAAGCUCCAUGCACACGCAAUUCCACUGCCAGAAUCCACAGGGACUCUGCGGGGCAAUCUCUUUCCACACACGAUGGCUGCCUCCAGCUUGCAGCUCAGCCAUGGGGCUAUGUGUGCACCUUCGAGCUCGCUCCGUGAAGGGCUUUCCGGACCAGACCGUUUAGACUUGCGCGCGGAGUUGCUCCCCUUUGCGAACUUGCUUAGGCGCCAUAGUCUGCGCAGGCCCGUCUGUUAUACGAGGUGUGGUGGUUGCGGUCAGAUCAAAGCAGUGGGGAGGAGUCGAGAUGUGGAGCCGAGGGGGCUGUCUGAACCCAAGGUUGUCGCUGGAGAGAUCAGAGAUCAUCCUGGCGAGUCUCAGCCAGACAAGUUGGAGCAGGGGCGCGUGCCUCCAAUCAGCCGGCGCGCGGCCCUUUUGGGAGCAGUGUCUGCUGCCACACUUUGGACUGCAGCAGACAGAGCCUCAUGUGCCCCCAUCGAUUUAGCCAAUCCUGCGUUAGACGUGUUGAAGCAAGAGAUCAGGAAGGCGGUGACCUUAGCAAAAGCCCCCGGCGUGUUGCGACUAGUGUUCCACGAUGGCUUCACUUUCAACCCCUCCACACAAACAGGGGGCCCCAAUGGGUCCAUCAUUUUUGAGUUAGACAGACCGGAGAGCGAAGGCUUGAAGCGUGCUCUUAGGCCUCUUGAGAAGGUAAAAGCAACCUUGGGUGACAACGUCUCCUGGGCGGACCUCAUCGUGGUUGCGGGCGCGGAGGCUGUGGCAAUGACUGGGGGGCCAGUCAUCCCCGUCCGAUUAGGCAGGCGGGACCAAGGAGCCGCCGACCCGGAGGACCAAAUGCCCCCCGAAACAUUAGACGCGGCCACGCUCAAGUCGUUUUUCCAUAGUCGAAACUACAGCACGCAGGAAAUGAUCGCCCUCUCGGGGGCCCACACGCUGGGGGGAAAAGGGUUCGGGGAUCCCACGACGUUCGACAACUCGUACUACAAGAUACUGCUGAACAAACCCUGGGAAACAGAUACGGCGAUGACAAAAAUGAUCGGAUUGAAGACGGACAGAGCCCUUCCAGACGACGAGGAAUGCCGAAAGUGGGUGAUCACUUACGCGGAGGAUCAAAAUAGAUUCUUCCUGGAUUUUGCAUCCGCUUAUGAGAAGCUAGUCACACAAGGUGUGACGUGGAAGUCAUGAUUGAUACUUGAUCUGGGCCAGUCUCGGUUUCAGAGGGCUCGUAAGGAUCGCCUCAGGUUAUGGGCACUGCUUUGCUUGACAUGACUCGUCUCUAUGCAUGACAUAUCAUUCGAGCGGCUGUUUGUCAACGGAUG